AGGUGCGAAAGGUGUUCACUGAGGGCACGCAAUGGUUAUUCGGUAGCCGGCACAGCAUAAGCGUUCGCGCUAAUCGCGGUUACAGUCGCCGCCGUACGUUUCAGCGGUCGGUGCAUUGCUCUUCCGAUAUUCAAAUCACCUGCAUAUUGUUAUCGGUUACAUACAAGUGGGUUCUCAAGAAGUUUAUUUAAAAGACUGUUCACUGUGAGAUGGUAGUAGGCGACGAUGGCGCGCUCAGUUGAAAUAGUGGCUGUAGCUCUGUUUUUCGUGCUACGGUUCGGCGCGCCUGCGCGUUUUCCCGAUAUUCUGCCGUUCCACCGCUUGUGGGCGAGCGGGCUAAGCUCCGCGCACAAGGAAGCGAGCGCAGAUGUGCAGGUGGUGUACUUGCCGGCGCUAGUACCGCGCGAGGCGCAGUCCGAGACCGACUCGCAAGAUGUCGUCCCGCUGCCUUACAGCUUCGACGCGUUUGGCCGGAGCUUCGAUCUGCAGCUCGUGCCCAACAGGCGGCUGGUGGCGCCGCAGUUCCGCGUGUGGUCGGAGCUCGGCCCGGACCAGCCGCUGUCCGGCGCGGACUCCUCCUGCCACUUCUUGCACAGCGGACCCGGAGCGGUCGCCGCCUUCUCCGCUUGUAAAGAUCAUGUACUUCACGGUCUUAUUAUGACCGAAAACACAACAUACGAAGUCCGGCCACUGACAUCAAAGCUGGGCAGAUCGGAAAACGGCCGAGUGUUGCACGGGCGUACAGCGCACAUCAUACGUCGGGCUGCUCCUCCGCCUGCCACCCUCAAUGACGACAGGCCUUUGCUGAGGACCAGGAGGCCUCGGUACCGACCCUCGAAACCCGCGCCAUCAUCAUAUACCAUAGAGAUAGCGUUAUUCUUGGACGAGGCGGCGUACAAAUUGUUUUAUCCGCAUCUCAAUUACAAUGAAGCUGAUCUUCGGGAUAUGCUGCUAGCAUACAUUAACGGUGUGCAGGCGCUGUUCCACCACUCGUCGCUGGGCGCGCGCGUGCAACUGUCGCUGGUGCGACUGACGCUGCUACGGUCUCAGCCCAGCAAGCUCACCACGCACGCCGAGCGCGGCCGCCUGCUGGACUCCUUCUGCGAGUACCAGCGCGGCCUCAACGUGGACGACGAUGAUGACCCCGACCACUGGGAUAUGGCGCUUCUCCUUUCUGGUUUGGACUUCUAUUCAGAAGACAACGGUCACCGCAACGGCGUGACGAUGGGCUUGGCUCCCGUGGGCGGCGUGUGCUUGCCCGCGCACGCGUGCGUGGUCUCAGAGUUCGGCACCUCCGACACGCUGGGCCGCCCCUACCCGUCCGCCGGGUUCACCUCCGUCUAUAUCCUGGCCCACGAAAUCGGACACAAUCUGGGAAUGCAUCACGACGGCACAGGCAACUCGUGCGCGCGCGACGGUUUCAUCAUGUCGCCUUCCCGUGGCACCAACGGCGAAGCGAGCUGGUCUCAGUGCAGUGCGCGAGUUGUCGCCGACCUAAAAUGGGCUACUUGUCUGUUUGAUGGAGGCGAUGAUCUGGACACACCGGCGGAACUGCAACACGAGAAGUUCGCUGAUGCUCCAGGGAUCGUUUGGGGAGCGAAAAAGCAAUGUCAGAUUCUUUUGCGCGACAACGACGCCGCUCCCGCGCAGGCGCCGGGCUCGGGCGGCGACGAGUCGCAGUGCAUGCAGCUGGCCUGUCGUUCGCCGCAUCGCGCGGGCUUCUACUACGCUGGCCCGGCUUUACCUGGCACACCGUGUGGAAAAGGAAAGUGGUGUCAAGGUGGUGAAUGCGUGGCAGCGUACCCUACCAUGGUGACCAGUCGUCCUCCUCAAGCAGGCAACUCCUGGAGCGAGUGGUCCUCCGACACGUGCCGCUCCGGCUGCACGGUGAAGAGUCGCGGCGCCAGGGAGAGGAGGCGCUCGUGUCCGGAAAACGCCGUGUGUGACGGCUCUUCAUAUGACGUCGUCCUCUGUGAUGACUCUAAGGUUUGCGGCAAGAAGAAGCGUGUGACCGCUAACGAGAUGGCAGCACGCAAAUGUACGGAGUACGCCUCUCGCCUGCCGGAGCUAGACCCUCGCGGGGGAGGACUGCAGGCGCCGCACGAUCCCACUCGUAUGUGGAUGGGCUGCGCGAUAUUCUGCCGGCGCGCGGCGGGCGGAGGCUUCUACGCGCCGCGGGUGGAGCUCAACGACGUGGGGCUGGACCCGUACUUCCCCGACGGCACGUGGUGCCACCACGACGGCAACACCCACUACUACUGUCUACAGCACCACUGUUUACCGGAGAACUUCAAGAUGUCACCGCAGUUCCACAUCUGGGACUUGCCAAGCGAGGACUUUGGUGGCGCCUUUAACGCAAGAGCUCGGGCGGCCCCGGACGACUCGUCAGCUGCUCUCCGUGCGUAUCUCUCUCUGGACAACACAGGACUUCCAUUUGCUCGCGCUGUGGCCCCACCACAUAUACCAGAUGAACCCGAGAGUAACUGGGAGGUCCUAGAUUACGUCGAAAUCACAAGAAACAAAACAUCAGAUUAAUUUACACAAACCAAGCGUUUACGACCACUGUCUAACAAGGACCAAACCAACUCUAAAAUACAUACUUAUUACAAGAUUAUACUUACUAGCUUGGCAAGUUCGUUGAUGACACUCCCAUGAUAUGCGGGCAACGCCGGGAAAGGACUGCGCGGGUAUGACGUUGUGCGCGCGGGACAAUGCUACCCCCCUCCGAAACCUACGAACGAAUUUGCCAAGCUGUAAGUCUAUCAGCCUUUCUAGCAGCCCACAGCGCAGGGCCUCUGUUAUUUAGGAGAGCAAAUAUGGAGCAUCAUGUUGCUUCAACGCUGGUUUGCAGCCUAGGGCUUAGGUAUUUACUCUAUCACGAUCAUUAUCCGAUGUUAAUCAUAAUGGUAGUGACAAACUUUUCUCCGAGGCACAGAAUACAUAUUAAAAGUUAGCCCUUGACUACAAUCUCACCUGAUGGUAAGUGAUGAUACAGUCUAAGAUGGAAGCGGGCUAACUUGUUAGGAGGAGGAUGAAAAUCCACACUCCUUUACGUCUCUAGGUACACGACAUCGUACCGGAACGCUAAAUCGCUUAGCGUUACGUCUUUGCCGGUAAGGUGGUAACUAGCUAAGGCCGAAGCCUCCCAACACCC